AUGGGCUGUUUCGAGUCGCGAGCAUCGCGACCGGAGGCUGAAGACCGCAGCAAAGCUCCCGAUGUCGGGAGAGCGGCUUCCACGAAGCCGUCUGAGGGCGUGGUGGAUGACGACUUAGACUGGAUUACUGGUGACAAAUCUCCAGUUUCUCCUGCUCGAGCAUUGGCUGCCUCAGAGAGGAAUGCUGGGUACUUGGCAGACUCACCUCUUGAUGUCACAGUUCAAAUCGAGCUGGAAGGGGGAUGGCGGGACUGCUCGACUGAAGAGACACGAGCCAUCUGCCAACAUUUGGCAAAGGGUGAAACUGUGUUUCAGAUACACGCCCGUGGCCAGAACUACACUGUCGACUUCUCUCGUCCAGACGAGGGUGGCAUGCAGGUCAAUGUCAGCACUGGCAAGAUGCGGAAGCUUCGAAUCCUUGACAAGGGGGAGGAUGAACCAGUGCCAGAGGAAGAUGUUCCGGGAGCAGCGGAUCCGCAUAUGGAUGGGCCUUCAAGCGCUGCCGUGUCUCCAGAAGUCUCACUGCAGCGUUCGUAUGGUCCACAGAGCAAACGUGGCGGUGCUUCCAUGCACCCGUACAAGGUAUUGGAGGGCAACGAACAUGCAAAGAAAUGCUUCGCCCAGUUCGAAGCCAACGAGGCUAGGUUGUGUGGUGAGUGGGCGGUGUUCUACCAUUCGUACUCCUUCGCAGCGCUGAUAUACGAAGUGCAUGCCGCAGUUGGGAGCGUCCUCUUCCGGUUCCGGUCGCAGUAUGCAACGCUUCCUCGUAUCUUGGUGCAUGAGUUCAAAGAAACACCAGACGCGGCUAUUCUGAUGAAGAGGUUCAACGAGGAGUUUGCAUCUAGCAAGCGCGACCAUCAUCCGGACUUCCGCCGAGUUGGACUGUCUGUGAUGUGCUCCUUGGCAUCCACUGGUCCAGAAGCAUGUGUUGCCAUGGUUUUCAUCGCAGGCUACAGCUGCAAGGACCUGUCUUUUCGCGGUGUCCUCGAAAAUUUGUUGGAGAGCUGCUACGUGCCCAAAGCAAAGGUUCGGAAGCUCGCUGACGAAAUCAUCGCCAUGUCAGAGAAGCACGGGUUGGAUGUCUCCCAGUUUGGCGGCAAGGCAUGUCACAGUGGCAAGCCUGGUCACCUGAUGCAGCUCUUUAUCAAGCGUCACCUGGUAGAUAAGCUUGUCUACGCAGCGAAGCCGUAUGGGCCAGUUGAUGACGAGCGGAUGCCAAUUUCGAAAUGGCUGGACAGUAACAGUUCAACCCAAGUUGGGCAGGCGCGAGUCCUCGCGCAUCCCAAGUACUUUAUGCAGGCAAACUGCGUUCGCAUGUUCGUGGCCAGCGCGGAUCCCACGUUUCACAGGAACAGGCAGGCGUUUCAGAAUGAACUGAUCCAGAAGCUUGGCCUGAUCCUGGGGGAGCCGUCGCUGAGGGAGCGGGCUGCGACAGGCAUCUAUGGUGGCACGCUGCCUUCCUGGUGGACUGCCGAAGAUCAGAGGAAGCAUGCUUGA